AAAAGCAGACGCUCUCAAGAUGUCUUCUGAUAAGGACCAAGUUUUUAUCUCAAUGUCACAAAGAAACACCGAUGGCCUCCUGGGGACCACCCCCAAAGACCAGAAGACCGGAGGAGCCGUGUUAAGUUUCCAUAACAUCUGCUAUCGAGUGAAAGUGCAGAGUGGAUUUCUACUUAGUCGAAAAACAGUUGAGAAAGAAAUACUGAUAAAUGUCAAUGGGAUCAUGAGACCUGGCCUCAACGCCAUUCUGGGACCCACAGGUGGAGGCAAAUCUUCGUUGUUAGAUAUCUUAGCUGCAAGGAAAGACCCACUGGGAUUAACUGGAGAUGUUUUGAUAAAUGGAGCACCUCGACCUGCCAGUUUCAAAUGUAUCUCAGGUUAUGUGGUACAAGAUGAUGUUGUGAUGGGAACUCUGACAGUGAGAGAAAAUUUACAGUUCUCAGCAGCUCUUCGCCUUCCAUCAACUAUGAAGAAUCAUGAAAAAAAUGAACGGAUAAACAUGGUCAUUCAAGAGUUAGGUCUGGCUAAAGUGGCAGAUUCCAAGGUUGGAACUCAGUUUACUCGUGGUGUGUCUGGAGGAGAAAGAAAAAGGACUAGUAUUGGAAUGGAGCUUAUUACCAAUCCAUCCAUCUUGUUCCUGGAUGAGCCCACAACUGGCCUAGACUCAAGCACAGCUAAUGCUGUCCUUUUGCUCCUGAAGAGGAUGUCUAAACAUGGACGAACCAUCAUCUUCUCCAUUCAUCAGCCUCGUUAUUCCAUUUUCAAGUUGUUUGAUAGCCUCACCUUAUUGGCCUCAGGAAAACUGAUGUUCCAUGGGCCUGCUCAGGAAGCCUUGGGAUACUUUGCAUCAGCUGGUCACCACUGUGAGCCCUAUAAUAACCCUGCAGACUUCUUCCUGGAUGUCAUUAAUGGAGACUCCUCUGCUGUGGUAUUAAACAGAGUGGUUGAAGAUGAUGAAGCCCAAGAGACUGAAGAGCCUUCCAAGAGAGAUAAGCCACUCAUAGAAAAAUUAGCUGAGUUUUAUGCCAACUCUGACUUCUUCAGAGAAACGAAAGUUGAGUUAGGUCAACUCUUGGGGGAUCAGAAAAAGAAGAAGAGCACAGCCUUCACAAAGAUCAUCUAUGCCACCUCCUUCUGCCAUCAAGUCAGAUGGAUUUCCAAGCGCUCCUUCAAAAACUUACUGGGUAAUCCCCAGGCCUCCAUAGCUCAGAUAAUUGUAACAGCCUUCCUGGGGCUGGUUAUAGGUGCCAUUUUCUAUGAUCUGAAACAUAACCCUGCUGGAAUCCAGAACAGAGCUGGGGUGCUCUUCUUCCUGACCACCAACCAGUGUUUCAGCAGCAUAACAUCUGUGGAGCUCUUCGUGGUGGAGAAGAAGCUCUUCAUACAUGAAUAUAUCAGUGGAUACUACAGAGUGUCAUCUUAUUUCUUUGGGAAACUCCUAUCUGAUUUACUGCCGAUGAGGAUGAUACCAAGUAUCAUAUUUACUUGCACAAUAUACUUCUUGUUAGGAUUGAAACCGAAGGUGGAGGCCUUCUUCAUCAUGAUAUUUACCCUUAUGAUUGUGGCUUACUCGGCCAGUUCUAUGGCACUGGCCAUAGCAGCAGGUCAGAGUGUGGUAUCCAUAGCAACCCUUCUCAUGACCAUCUCCUUUGUGUUUAUGAUGAUUUUCUCAGGGCUGUUGGUCAAUCUCACAACCGUUGUGCCUUGGCUCUCAUGGCUUCAGUACUUGAGCAUUCCUCGGUAUGGCUAUGCGGCUUUGCAGCAUAAUGAAUUUUUGGGACUACACUUCUGCCCGGGACUCAAUGUCACAGCAAACAAUACCUGUGACUUUGCAACAUGUACCGGAGAAGAAUUCUUGGUAAACCAGGGCAUCGAUCUCUCACCGUGGGGCCUGUGGAAGAAUCAUGUAGCCUUGGCAUGCAUGAUCGUUAUCUUCCUUACAAUUGCCUACCUAAAAUUGCUGUUUCUUAAAAAAUAUACUUAAAUUCCUCUUUAAUUUACAUGAUUUAUGUACAUAUUACAAGGGGAGCACCUAGCGCUGGCUGGGUAUCUCGGUUGUUUAGAAUGUGGUCCGAUAUACCAAGGCUGUGGGUUCAGUCUAAGGUCAGGGCACACACAAGAAGCAAUCAAUGCAUGCAUCAAUAAGUGGAACA